CCACAAAAUGAGUUUGAGCUCUUCCUUCCGUCAUUCAACGUCCUUCAUGAAUCAGGGCCGUCAUUCAGUGAUGGCUCAUUCCACUGGGACACCAAACAUCACGAGUUCCAGUGAAACCCAACCAUCAGAGUCCGCGUCCAAGGUUCCAGGGUUCAAGGAGUUCGAAAUUGAGUUCGGGCACGGAGUCUCAGAAGUGGAUAAAUCUCUGUCGAGACGAGACAAGAACGCGGUGGACUUUGUCUUCAAUUAUAGCAAACUGUGGUGUAAGACAUGCAAGGACGUUGUAAUCUGCUUGGAGAAGCGCGCCUAUGCGGAAAACGAAGCCUGCCGCAGCAUUGUUAAACAGUUCCAAAUUUUGGAAGCUAGCCUUGUCAACGUUGUAGGAGCACCCAUGAGACAACAACUCUCCAACCUGGCCCGUACGCUCAUCGAACACUCCAGGGAGAUUGAGAUGCACAACACAAAGCGGUGUCGGGAGCUGCUGGAGGUGCUGACACGGCAGCGAGUGCUGUUUGAGAAAACUCGCAAGUUUCUCAAGGACAAAUGGAAAGCGGAUGUGAAGCGGCUGAUUGAUGCCGAGAACAGUUUGAUCAAAACCAAAUCGGCGUAUUAUCAACGCUGUCAGACCGGAGUGAAGCUGAGGGAGGAGCUUUCCGCUGCGCAGACGCUGUUAAAUGAACUUAACGCCAGCGUGGCGAAUGCCUCAAACGUGUCUGCGACGCCAUCCGUGCCCGGGCUGCCUGGAGGUAUUUCGACAGGAACACCAGGAAGUUCUUCAUUGCAGGGUUUAGGUGCCACAAUGCCUUCAAACUCCACCAGUUAUUCGGUUGGUGUCCCACCUAAUCCUUUUAUGGACAGUGCCGAGUUAACGACUGAUCAGUCGUCCACAACCACUGCGGGGACAACUUCGACGACAAACCAGAUUGCAAAACAAAAGGCAAAAGUGGAACGGUUAGAGAAGCAGUUGAGUGAUAACGACAGAAAAGAAAUUGAACAAAUGUACUCCUAUCGUGAAGCGGUUGAGAAUGCCAACAAUCGAUUGUACGAAUUGGAAAAAAGCAAGAUGGAAAUCAUCUGCGAUAUUCGAUUGACUAUCAUGAAGAGUGACGAGGUGGUCAAGGACUCCCUGGCCGAACUGUUCAAUCACAUUCACUCCACGCGAUUGGCUAUGAUCAACCAGUACGAAUCAUUAGCCUCCGGAUUCCAAGGAUUUGUGCCCUGCAGCGAUUAUCGAGCCUUGAUCGAUGAGCACAUACAAAAAGGCGUGGACUGUUUUCCGGAGAAAUACCAGUUCGCUGGAUUCCACGAACGAUCUGGACUAAAGUCGGACUCCUUGUCUGGUCGGUUCUUCAGCCGCACCCCGGGCUCAACGAGGGAAACAACAGAGUGUGAUCCAUUAUCUGCCAUUUUUCAUUUAGUCAAUAGGCGCUCAACACCUGAUGUGAUAGCCGCAAGAGUGCUCAAGCCGGUUGCAAGGUGGGGUCUUUUCAUUAUUUUUAAUAGUAACCUUAAGCCUGGUAUUUCAACGAUUACCAAUCUACCUGAACCACUCCUUACGUACAACCUUUACCCCAACUUUGUGGAAUUAGGAAAGAUUAUCGACGCCGCUGAUGUGAAUAUCCAGACAGAGCUGGUGAAGCGACUGCAAGUUCUCAUUAACCAUCUCAGCCCAACGAACAAAAAACUUGCCGGCCUGUUGUUCCACCACUUAAACAGAGUGUCCGCUUGUCAGUCGGAGAAUCUAAUGAGUUCGGCCAACUUGGGAACGAUGUUCGCGCCGACCGUGUUACGGCAAAAACCAAAGUUCCAAGUGGCCAAUAUGAUGGAUUUGAUGGAUAACAAAGGUCAAGCACGAAUAGUUGAGCUACUCAUUGAUAGUGCGACCGACAUAUUUGGCCCACCGGAACUGUACGACCCGAUAUGUGUCCUCCUGACUGCAGAAAGUAGCUUCGAUGUGGCCGAAGGCGAGUCUCGUCGGAGCAGCGGAGAGACUGGAAAACAAACCUCACCACGACUGUCAAUACGUGCACACAAGGACGAAGAGAGAAAGCUGGUAGUGCCACAUCUGGCCUCCUUUCGCACUCAUUCGUCACAGCAUUCUACUACGUCGUCCGUCGCAAGCGAAGAAUCCGCUUCGACUGGAAGUCAGCACAGCCUCAUACGUUCGGCCACCAUUUCUGCGACAUCACCUGGUCGUGCUUCAGUGUUACUGAGUAGUCCUCUGCCACUUUACACUCCAUUCGAAAGUUCUCAGUCGCUUCCGAGGAGUCGUGGCCAGGAUCUAAAGGAAAGCUUCACUCCAUCCGAUGGCGAGUUAGAGUCUUCAUCCGUCCCCAGCAACUAUCCUCCUGCGACCACCAGCAUCACCAACGCACCAGUAAAACUUAUCCAGCUGGCUGAAACAGGAGAUGUGUCGGCCUCUAGGCAACCGCAGCAAGCUUACACAGCAACAUCUGUAAGCAACCAGGAUUGUAGGUCAGAGAGUCUUCUCGCAAUGUCCCAAGCAGCGGCGCGGGGUGUAUCAAAUCCUGACUCCGAUACAUCGACCGCCCACGUCCCAACUUCCGGUUACAAAACGGUUGCUUGCACUUUCAAAAAAGAGCUCAUCCCAACCAGGAAACAUCCGCUGGGGGACAGAUCCGCCACUCCCGCUGUUACAAGCGCCCUAUCAAACCUGGUCAUUGGCCGAGGGCGACUAGGAGUUAAACGUUUCGGCACUAGUCAGCCUUCUGCAACUUCUCAACCAAAUAACUCAGGCGAUGCAAAGGAUUCUACGGACUUGGAUGACUAUGGUUACAUUGACACCGAUCCCUCAGAUUCUCCUACAUCUUGA